UUUUCCUGAUUGCGACUCAGUGUCAUGUUUUUAUGUAAUUCCGACUCAUGUGGUUGAAUCGAAAGUGAUUUAAAGCAGGGAUGGAUAAUACAAAUCCUGAGAUACCUCAAUUACCAGCUGAAGGGGGAUCAUCUUCCCAGCAAGACACAACAGUGAACUCAGAGAAAAGAAAUUCCACACCUGCCAAAAGGAAAGCAAACUUAAAAAGAAAAGCAGAUACACCUAAAUAUGAAAAGCCAAAGAAGAAAAAAAAGAGUAAUGCCAGACGAGUUCAGAGACCCACAUACACUGUACAGCAUGGAGAGGAUAUGCUCCUAAUUAUAUCAAACAUCAACCAGUAUGAUAGUGUUUGGAAACCUAAGAGGAAAAGAGGCAAGAAGAAGAAAGCCAAGGCAAAGACUACUUCAGGACAAAGGACGAAAGCUCUUGCAAAACCGAAAAUUUCCAAAGACACAGAUGACACUGUAGUCACUGAAUUCCAUUCAGAGGAAGUGGAGAACUUUGACUGGAGUCAGAGACUGCCAGUGGAGGUGCUAGUUAAGAUUUUUGAGUUAAUAGUUUUUCAAGAUGGUGCUGUACCGUUUCUCUGCAGGGUUGGCAGAGUUUGCCGUCUAUGGAAUGCUGCUGCAUCUUCACCAUCCCUUUGGCGCAGCGUGUCUAUUGGUUUCUGCUGGAUUGAACCUGGUAAGAGUCAGUUACCUGGAACUGAACAGAAGAUUAGAAAAACUGUAGAUUGGCUAGCUCAAAACAGGUUCUCCCAGCUGAGGGAUUUCAAACUUUGUCACUGGAAAAAGCAAGUUGAUUAUGUUGUUCAGACAGUAGCAAAAUCCUGCCCAAGCCUCAAGUCUCUAGAGUUGUCAUACUGCACAGGCGUGACAAAAGAGGCCUUUCAAAAUCUUGGAACUGCCUGUCAGUCACUGGAGAGCAUAAAUGUGCAGCACACUGAGUUUCAGGAUGACGGGCUGCUCUCUUUUGUUGAGACAUGUGGGAAUCAGCUAAAAAGGAUUUUUUAUACACGCAGCACAAAAAGUGACAAACUUCUCAAUAUGUUUUAUAGAGGUUGCUGUCCUGAACUUAGAGUGUUGGAGAUCAACACAAAGUUAGACAGUGGCUUUUGCCCACUUCCUAUCUGCAUGCAGGCUUUACAGCUUGGCUGCCCCAAACUUCAGAUUUUAAGAUUAAUGAAUGUGAACCCUGUUCCCAAAAUGAUUCGCAACACGCCCAGCUCCACACCUGGCUUCCCUAUGUUGGAGGAGUUGUGCAUUGCCUCUUCCUCUCAUUCCUUUAUGACUGAUCAUGACCUGCUUAAUAUUCUUCAUGGCUCUCCCUGCCUAAGAGUACUGGACCUGCGAGGAUGCUCUCGUAUCACAGCUACCGGACUGUAUGCUCUGCCCUGCCAAGAUCUGGAAUGCUUAUAUUGGGGGCUAUAUUUUAACAGCAGUUCCAUGGUGGUAUCCAAUAAAGGCAUCCACAUGCUCACUCAGAAAUGGAGCCAAACUCUGCGUGAGCUGGAUCUGACCAACCAAACAUUCUCAGAAGAAGACAUGGAGAUUGCAAUAGGGCAUCUGGCUUAUGGCCCUGGAGCAGUUUCCUUUCGAUCUUUAAAUCUCAGUGGGACCAAGAUCACCUCUUCUGCACUCAGGUUACUAGUGGCCCAGGCUUCAAACCUUGAAUACUUGAAUCUUUCAUCCUGCCGUUACCUUCCCAGAGGGCUCAAAAGAGUUUAUAGAGGCCAAGAGGAUAUUUACGACCUUCUGGAUAAGUUAAACUAAUGUGCAGUUAUGGAGUAAUGUUUUAGGGUGGUUGUUAUCAGAAUUUCGUGUAUGUAUUUGUACAGAAAUAACAAAGUGCUUACACAAUAUGAAUACAAAUGUUGUAUGACAGGUUGCAAAGCCUUUGGUUUAAAUUCAUGAUGUCAUAAUAUCAAUAAAAUUGUAUAUGUUUAUUUGUUACCAAAGUAACCAGAAUGUUAAAUUACAUUCCACUUCUUAUUAAUAAAAAC